AUGACAAUGAGGCAGCUCUUUCGUAUAUCAGUUCUUUUAGUGUUGGGUCAACUACUCUACAAAACAGUAACUCAGCGAUGCGGAUCCGAGAUAUCCAUCUUCGGCUGGAUGUUACGUGGACAUAUCUACAACACGAUGUUGGCAGAACUCCCGCAUACAUGCGUGCAAGUUUGUCGCGAAGACAAUCGAUGCCAAAGCUUUAACUGGGUGAUCUCUCUCCUCAAGUGCGAGUUUAGUAACAGAACUAAGGAAGCCAGACCUGAGGAUUUCAUUUCAGAUCCAGACAGAUUUUACUACAAACGUGAUAGGAACAGAGGUAAAAAACAGUUUACAAUUCAUUAUAAAUAAUUGCGAUGACUGAUGAAUGCAGAUUAAGGUCGAAGCAAUGGUCUCUAAUCAGUUGUCAGUCAAAUUUGGACAACCACAUAUCGGGAGUUAAUGAUAAAAAGUAACCCAUUCAAAUGCAACUGUCCCAAUAAAAGAGUACCGAAUGGUGAGUACUUUCCAAUUACUUGGGCGUCGAUAUCAGGGCAACAGAUAACCAAUCAGUUGAAGGAUUAUAUUAAAGCUGUGAUGAAGCUGCUUUCUCUAAAGCAUGAUUCAGGAGCACCCAACGACCAAUUUCUUGUAAAAUGCAUUAUUAUACCCCCAUUAAUGAAAAUAAAUGUUAUUAAGGCAUCUUCACGUGUUUUUUAGUGUUGCUGGGAAAAUAUUAUCUGUUCCUUUUUCCCAGCAAGACACACAAGAAAUUUCCCAGCCAGCUAGAUAAAAUUGGUUGGUUUCCCGGCCAGCUGAUCAAAUUUAUUUCCCAGCCAGGAAUUAGAUUAAUUAAUAUAAAUGAAAGGAAUAAUAAUAAUGAUAACAAUAGCAAUACUUAUAUUAAUGUGACUAAAUGUAAUUUAGGCAAAGGUAACCUCGAAACAAUGCUGGUUUGCAGUUUUUCCUGCUAUACUGGGGGUGGCCCGAUGCCUCUAGCAGGGGCACCUCGUGAUCUAUAUACGCAGUUGCUUGCUUGCAGUUCUUCGCAAAGUGUUGUUGCAAUAGCCUGCUAUUUGCGUGUCAUUCUGUUUUGUUUUUUUUUACAAACAGCUGUAAUUCUUGUGUUAGUAUAUGAUACUCUAAAUGUUCUGCUGUCUGGAGCAGUCUGAAUUUUGGGAGACUUUUGAGAGCCUGGAAAGUUAGCGCAGAAUUCAUAACACCUAGCAGCAUUGUACACAAGGCAGUUGUUUAACAUACUUGCUAGGAUAAACCAAGGUAAUGCCCAGUUCCUUGCUAUUUCCACAGCCUGAAAAAUAAUAUUAAAAAGGAAAAAAUAAGAGACAAAUGUUAAUUGACUACAGCCAGCAGCAAUACUGAUUGAGUGUGAUGUUUUCAGAUCUAGUUAUAGCCUUACUAAUCAAAGCUAUUGUUAUCACAGGGGCCCCACACAAAGUGCGUGACCCUUAGUAUUAUUGAAUUCAGAAGCAAUGUACGAGAAUAGCAACAAGUUCCAUAAUUAUUACUGUACUAUUCUGUGAUCAAAAUUAUAUUUUCAUAUAAGAUGAGGAUAAACCAACCUUUAUCUGAAAUGUUGUGCUGUUGUUGUUACAUUGUAUGGAUGGAAAUGGCAAAUUUUAGCGAUUUUUUCCUGAGCAAUGCAAGUCCUUGAAAUUGAAGGUUAGUUUAUUCUCAUUUCAUAUGUAAAUAGUUAUUGCAGAAUAGUACAAUCUUAUGGAACUUUUCGCAACUCUCAUACAUUUCUUCUAAAUUCAGUAACACCAAUGGUUACUUACUUUAUGUGGGAGUCCUGUGAUUGGUGGUAUUUGUAAAAAGUAGACUCCACCCCUUUAAAUUUUUAGGUGUAGAAACCUUACGCUUAAGUUGAAACAUAUUUAUUUAUCAUGAAUGUCUGCGCCAAACAACUAUAAAAAAAGGUUGAGGUAGCAAUCUAUUUGUUAUCAUGGUGCUGCAGUCAACCAAUUUAGCUAUAUUGUAUAUCUUUCCACACAACUGAAAAAUAAAAAAAAUUCCUUGAUUCGCCUAAUAUGACAGUCAUUAUUUAUAAAUUUCCUCCACACAAUACCAGAAUACUGAAAUGGAUGGAUAACAAGAUCAAGUAAAAUUUCUGCAGGCCAUAAUUAGGUCUAGCAGUUGAACUGGUCCAAAUGAAUGGACUUUUUCCACGCUAUAAAUAAUUUUUUAUUUUAUCAAAAUUUAAAAUGUUACCAUGAUUGAACAAACUGUUAAGCAUCUUCCUCCCAAUGACAUGGAUGUGCGUCCAUUCACAUUAAAGGAAAAUGGAAACUUAAUAGACAACUGAAUAGAGGGCCACAAAGGAAGCAAAGUUCUCAGUGCAAACCAUGAAUUCCCUAACUCAACCAGAUGGAAGAGAGAGGGUCAUAUAAGAAUGAACAAAAAAAGAAUACCCAACGUCACAAGCCUAACCCAACCUGGUGGAAGAGAGAGGGUCGUAAGAAUGAACAAACAGUGAAUGCCCAUUGUCACAAGCCUAACCCAACCUGAUGGAAGAGAGAGGGUCGUAAGAAUGAACAAACGGUGAAUGCCCAUCGUCACAAGCCUAUCCCAACCUGAUGGAUGAGAGAGGGUCGUAAGAAUGAACAAACAGUGAAUGCCCAUUGUCACAAGCCUAACCCCACCUGAUGGAAGAGAGAGGGUCGUAAGAAUGAACAAACAGUGAAUGCCCAUCGUCACAAGCCUAACCCAACCUGAUGGAUGAGAGAGGGUCGUAAGAAUGAACAAACAGAGAAUGCCCAUCGUCACAAGCCUAACCCAACCUGAUGGAUGAGAGAGAGUCGUAAGAAUGAACAAACAGUGAAUGCCCAUCGUCACAAGCCUAUCCCAACCUGAUGGAAGAGAGAGGGUCGUAAGAAUGAACAAACAGUGAAUGCCCAUCGUCACAAGCCUAACUCAACCCGCUGGAAGAGAGAGGGUCGUAAGAAUGAACAAACAGUGAAUUCCCAUUGUCACAAGCCUAACCUAACCUGAUGGAUGAGAGAGGGUCGUAAGAAUGAACAAACAGUGAAUGCCCAUCGUCACAAGCCUAACCCAACCUGGUGGAAGAGAGAGGGUCGUAAGAAUGAACAAACAGAGAAUGCCCAUCGUCACAAGCCUAACUCAACCCAAUGGAAGAGAGAGGGUCGUAAGAAUGAACAAACAGUGAAUGCCCAUUGUGACAAGCCUAACCCAACCUGAUGGAAGAGAGAGGGUCGUAAGAAUGAACAAACAGUGAAUGCCCAUCAUCACAAGCCUAACCCAAUUUGAUGGAAGAAAGAGGGUCGUAAGAAUGAACAAACAUUGAAUCCCCAUUGUCACAAGAAUAACUCAAUCCAAUGGAAGAGAGAGGGUCGUAAGAAUGAACAAACAGUGAAUGCUCAUCGUCACAAUCCUAACUUAGCUUUGUUUUGUACAGAGACAGAGUAUGACUAAAGAUUGUUGAAGAGGAGAAUUAAACAAUCUGCCAAGUAAAAAAGAAUUAGUGCCGUUGAAUUGGUCACAAUAACAAUUAAUUUUUACUGUCAAUGUAUGUGUUGAUUGAUCAGCUGUUAUUGCUGACACAUACACUGUAUGAACAGUAGUAUUAAUGUCUUAAUUAAGUACUCAAUCCAAUACAAAACAGCUGAGCAUCAGAUGCAUUCUGACAAAUAAAACCGCAGUCUGGCCAGAACCAACAAAGUUUGCUUAGUCAGGGAAAAGAAAAACUAUAGUUAACACCAUAGUAAUUCAUAUUUUAAUUCAUUUGCAUCCAAGCCGUCUUUUGCCAUCCUCACGUGCAAGUGGGUUCUUAUCAUUUGACAAUGUCCAUUUUUUCAAACUGAAGUCGUUAAUUGGGGUUUCCUUAUUUUUGGCUGAGAAUUUUAGCUUAUGGAAACCAAGCUAAAAGCGUGACACAGCUCUUAUUACUUUUCAGUGCAUGUUUGUUAUCUGCCUUCUGGCUACAUAUACAAAGGCUGGUUUCUAUGUUAACACAAAAACAGAGGCUUUGCUGGAGUUGUCGAGAGAAACAAACCGUCUUUUUAGCGAAAUAACUUGCAUUAAAAUAAGUACGAAUUUUUCUUGAUUCUUACCUUGUGUGUGAGGAAACACCGACUCGAUCCGGUGGCUGCCCACACGGCCUAACUGUAAACAAAAAUACUGCUGUCAGUUUUUUUAAAAUUUGUUGGCUCAGUUCGCUUCAACUGUAAAAGGUCAUCACGCACUAGACUAACACGGAUAACCGACUGAAAAAAGCAUUAACAGAACUAAAAUAAGAAGCCUUACCUCCGAAAACGCUGAACACACACUACAGGGCGCCGAAACUUAAAUCUGUGAAUGAAAAUACAAAUUACUGCUGUUAGAUGCACUCGAUUCGUCUCAAUUCAGUGUAGAAGAACAUCACGAGAACUUCAGCAUACAGAUAAAAUAACAAUGGGAAUUAAUCUUACAUGUAAAUGAGGAAAGUUUUUCGAUCUGUACAUGUGCAGACAUCCGCGCGCUUUGAAAUCCCUCGCAAAAAUAACGGACACAAAACCGGUUUUUUCCGCGAACGCGAUCUCUCUGGCCAGCCGUCAAAUGUUUUGUCACUACUCUCGCGGGGGAGGGAAGGGAUACUUUUUUUUCAGUCGUCCUCGGUCUUCAGAGUUUCUAAGCCAGCUCGGCUUGAAAUGCUAGAAAAGUCAGUAAUUCCCAGCCAAAGCCUCUAGCAAUAAGAAAUUUCCCAGCCAGCUCAUUGGAACACCUAAUAUUUUGCCAGCCAGCAAGAUUCCUAUGGGGAACAGAUAAAGUGAGGAACAGAUUCGUUGGGUGCCCCUGAUGAUUAACUGUCUAUCAAAAUUAAUAAUAAACGAAAUUAUAUGUCUUCUUUCAGUACCUCUAGGUUCUAUUCCUGAACUACCGGCUGAAACCUGUUUAGAAAUAAAAAUGAAUGAAGGUCAUGCAAUCAGUCGAAAGUAUUGGUUUUCUUCCCUUAAAACUGGCACGUCCGUUCUUGCAUACUGUGAUAUUAAAACUGAAGGUGAGUUUUAGUUUUUAAAGGUAAGGUAUGGAUGAGUGGAGAAGGAAAAUCAAAAAAGGGAAAACUGAGAAUGUUUUGAGAUGAAGAGAAUAAGUUAGCCUAUAAAAUAAUCUUCAAAAAGAAUAAUUCUCUUCUAUCAACGUAUUUUCGAUUUUGCGAUAGACUAUUAAAUUUCCUUUGAGGUGAACGGUUAAAUUGUGAACAGAUUUUAGAGUUAUAUUCCGUCUGUUGAUGUUAAUGGCGUAGGGAGUAAAUGAGAAUUCGGUGGAAAUAAAAUAUUUCUACAGCAAAGAAGUAGUGGCGACUGGGGCUGGAUAAUUUGUAGUGCAAGUCUAAACCGUCGUUCAGUCCUGCAUGCUUUAUGCUAUAUGCCAAAUGCUUGGACGUACUUUAAUGUUGCAGGUUAACGUUUUGGUAUUAUUUUCGGUGCUCUCCGCCAAAACUACCAAAAUAGUACUAAUUGUUUCUGUUUCUGUUGAACUGGGGGUGGAGAUGGAAUUCUUUGAUCAGUCGCAGAUGCAAGAUCUACCUUUCAUGAAUACAAUAGAGCACAUUCUAUGCUCAUCCCAUGAAAAGCGUGAUCGUGAAAAAAAAGGCCUUCAUGGGCCCAGGCAAGGUCAUAGUGUUGAAUCAAUGGUUAAUUCUGGGUGGAGAUUGUUAGAAGUUGUACUGACACGGGUAUACUUCCGUUAACAAUGUGAACGUUCCUUUGCAAACCUGAGUCCAAUCUAUAGUUGUUUGUUAACAUUUAAUAGGUAUUUUUAUUUCUUUUGUCAUUUAACCGGAAAUGCAUAAUAUCAAUUGAAGUAACGAUAAAUGGUAUAAAUCCAGCCUCGUUCCCAGCCAUCUCCUGCGAUUUCGGAUGUGACGUCACCUGUCAAGCUUGUCGGGAAAAUUCACCGAGGACGUCCUCGCGCUAUCGUGCUCGGUUCUAAACCUCCUCUGGUUACUCGGAUAGCGCGGACUGGCCUGGGUACGAGGCUGGUACAAAUCAAGUUUUCUCGCAUAGAAUCCGAGCUUAAUAGUUUGCCAUCUUGUCCAGUUAACAUGCUAACACAUAACUUUAGCCUGCCAGCAAUGGGAGAGCUUGUUCGCAGGGAACUCGACACCCAACCCUUGAUUUUAUUAUUCAGAUAUCGACGAAUGUGCUUCUUCUGUCCCUCUUUGUGACGUCAAUGCAGCUUGUACCAACAAUGAUGGAUCUUACAUCUGUACUUGCAAGAAUGGAUUUUCUGGUGACGGGAAAACUUGCAAAGGUAGGAAAAGUUGUUUCGACGCAAAUUUUACCAGGAUUUAGAUUCUUUUGCGACACCAAAAGAACUUUCUUCAUCGCCCCAUGUAGGAGAAUCCCAAUUCCGGAAUCCGUGAAAUUUUUGCUUGCGGAAUUCAGAGUACAGGUCAAGGGAUCCGGAAUCCCACUAAGGAUUGGAAUUCAGAAUCCAGAUUCCAUUGACAGAGACUGGAAUCAAGUACCUGGAAUCAGGAAUCCACAGCCUGGAAUCCAGAAUCCAAUACUGUCUUGGAUUCCCUUACAGGGGGCAAAUUCUUCAAGUUAAAUCCUUAAUUUCAAUGACAUAAUUUACAUUUGCACGCCUUGAAUUACCUUAAGUAUGAAGAGUUUGUAAAUAAUUCUUCUAGCUUGCAUUCGUCUCCAACAUUUAAAAAUAGUCACCGAACGCCUAGCUUAAGGUCAUUAUUUUUAAGAAGGCCAUGGAACAAGAGUUAGUGGAACGAAUAACAAUAUACUGUUCAAGAUCGGUGUCCACAAUAAUGACCCGCUGUUUCUAAAAGAUCUAGAAAUGGAAAGGUAAUUUUUAGACGGCCUAAGAGCGAAGUCAUUAUCCUACGUAUAUAAUACAGGAUUACUAAACGUUAACUGAAAUACACAACAAUUCAAAUAUAAAGAAGAAAAGGAAAAAGUUACUAUGGUAACAGAUUCACAAAUAAGCCUAUUGAACUAAUACGAAAAUGAACAAUUAUACAAGUAUGCUCAAAUACGGAAAAUUUUGAAAUAAAUUGUUUGCAUAGGCUGUAAACACUGAAAUAAAUUGUAUGUAAGUUAAAAAAAAAAGUGUUUGCAGGAAGACGGAGACACAAAAAAAGUUGCUUGCAGCAGGAGCCGCAUAUAAAAAAAAUGUUUGCUUGUGAAUAUUUCCAAAUAAGGAUACUCGGGUAAUGGGAGGACAUGUUCUGGCAAGUGGAACAGUGUUAUCUACAAACAAAGUGUUUAUGCUAAAUUUGUCUUAGGCAAUACAUUUGUAUAUAAAGCAAUCCCUUAAGAACUCACAAAAUCUUAAUCUUAUGACACUAAAAUGUAUUGUAACCAGAACUCACAGGGGGUUGAAAGGUUAGCAUUAGAUAACAUCGAGUGAAGCCAGAUUGGACACCUUAUGAAUUUUACACAACGCAUUAUUUUCAUAAUGGAACGAAACUGGGAUGUAGAAUGAGGCUAGAAUAGCUGGAAAAACCAAAACUACAGAGCGCCAGUUAUGGAGAGAACACAGUAGAGAGUUAAGCACUGAUCUGCAGUGAUUAGGGUUAAGCACUGAACUGAAAACGGUUAGCUUUCAAAUAUUGUAAUGGGGUACGGCAUAUNAGCGCCAGUUAUGGAGAGAACACAGUAGAGAGUUAAGCACUGAUCUGCAGUGAUUAGGGUUAAGCACUGAACUGAAAACGGUUAGCUUUCAAAUAUUGUAAUGGGGUACGGCAUAUAUAAGAACAUGUAUAUUUUAAAAAUUACUGGAUUUGGCAGCUAGUCCUCGAUGGUGUAGUGGAUAUGGAUGUAGGCUAUAAAGCAAGUGACCCAGGUUCAAAGCAUUACACUGGAGUUUUUCUAUUUCACUUUUAUAUUACACAGUAAAGUUGGACUUAAGUUGUUCUUCAUGUAAUUUACUGAAAGAAACAAUCUGACUUCACUCGAUGUUAUCUAAUGCUGGCCGCGUUGAAACGUGUAACUCGCAUUUAAUGCUCGUGAAUAUUCAAUAGCUCACUUCGGAAAAGAGUGAUAGCCUGGGACCCAAACUAAGCCGUUUCCAGCGAGAAUAUCAGCAGAAUAUGUAUGUUUUCUUCGGAACGCUAAUUUGAAGCUGUUUCACUGUGCAUUCUUCUGGUUUUUCUCGAGGUAAAAUCACCCCAGGAACAUCUUCCUUCAGCUUUGGCUAUUUUUACCCCGCUGAAACAUUCCACUUCUCUUUCCGCCAUGUUUGUUUACAUUCGCGUCUCACCAAAUAAUCCCAUAAAUGCGCGCGUAUCUAGUUUGGGUCCCAGGCUAUCACUUUUUUCGGAAGUGAGCUAUGUUAACAUAUUUGGAAACCUUAGUGAAGGAUAUCCAUUUUCAACAAAAUUGCUACCGCGCGAUCACCAUGUGGUGGUUUUAAAACAGGCUGCAUUUCAAGAUUAAACAUACACCGUUCAAAGACAAAAAAUGGAAAGAGAAAGUGCUCAAUUUUCUUUUUGUGGAGCCAGUAACGAGAGCCUCGACUCUGGUGCCGCGUCAACACUACUUUUCGGUUAGUAAAACAGCAGAUUUUUUAAACCAUCCUCAAACAAAAGGCUACACAAAAAAGGAAAAAUGCAUACCUUCUGGGUCCUUCAAGCACUACAGGAUCCGGGAUUCACCCCUAUAAUUGGCUGUGAAGCAGCCAAAUGGAAAGAAAAGGGGGAAGAACACAUUUGCUUAAUUGGCACUAGGGGUCCUCCAAAACAGACUUGCCCGUUAAGGACAAAAUGAAGCAGUAAGCUUCGUAGCAAGGGAAAAAAAAGGCCUUGUAGGCAAUUACCAAAUUCCCUUUUUUAUACCUUUACAAGAAGGUUAAAAAACAUUUUGUGGAAAGCGUGAGUGGGCUUGUCAACUCUUUCACAGUAUUUUCAAUUUUACUGCACAUUCAGCGAAUAAGAAUAAAAAUAGUAUUAAUUCCCUUUAUUUUAAAUAGUUGAUCAACAAAAAGGUGGACCUCUGGGGCCUGUGAGGGAAGUGAGCGCACCCGUCGCACCCCGCUCCCUACGGGCCUGUAUUCAGUAAUAUCCAAUAAUCCAAUAAUAUAGUCAGCAUCUCCAACUUCUGGGCAUGACCUGAUUGACACAGUGACGUAGUCUGAUGGCAGAAUUAUUGGCGGAAUCCAAAUUUCCCUAAAAGUACACAUUAAGCAGAAAAAAUACUUAAAUAGUAAGUAAAAUCAAGAAGCUGGCUAACAUAUAAUUACCCUUCAAAUAGAAGUGAUGUCAUGGUGACGUCGUUUAUUACCGAAAAGGAACUGGAACCAACAGCUGUCUUGGAUCCGGCAUUCUGAAUUGUUUCAAUGAAAAUUACUUGAGACAAGUGUCAAUCAAGGAAUUUUUAACACGAAGCUAAGGAUGCUUAGCACUAAAAGCAAAAAAAGUCUGCAAAAUAUGCAAUUUCGAGAAAAACGAACACCGUUAGAAAUUAAACCAUUAAUAGUUAUCACAGGAGAUUUGUUAUGAAAAGCGGCAAACAUCAAUUUUUUUUAUUAUAAAAACAACGGUGCCGCAGUUUAUGUUGGAAGCUUCCUGAAGGAGCACAAUCCUUUGUUUUCUGUUGGCAAAUUCUGACGGAAAAAAUAAAUUAAUGCAACGUUUUUAUUGGUCAAAAUGCUAAGAAUGCAACGUUGUGCACCUUCAGGUCCACAAAAAUACAUAACAAAGGACUUAGACUGGUUUCAUAACAAUUUCACUACAUUAACUAUGAUUGAACUCAGAAUAUACAAUUUAGUCAUGUUACUAAUUUUUUUAUCUCAAACUAGUCACUAGCCUGCGAAGCGCAGACGCAUUUCCGGUCGUCGCUUCUCUCCCUCCGAAAAAUAGCGUCUGCGAACCCGAGCGACAAAACGAUUUCCGUGACGUAAAACAUUUUUAGCCAAUCGCGGUUUAGCUCUUAAAAUCAAGGAACUAACUCGCGAGACUUCUCGCAGGAUCGUGCGCGAUGGAUAUGUUUUCAAGUCGAAAUUGAAAGGACGACGUGGCUUGUGUAUAGCCGUCCUUUUUUCUCAGAACGACGCGUUUACGAAAGUUAAUUUGCCAGGAUUGUGGGACUGAUUGACGAAAUAAGUAUCAAGAGGAUUCAUAUCGAAGAAAAGAUUAGAGGACAUUUUUCAUCUAUUUGCCUACGGAGUCAAUGAUUUAUCAGACGUAGUUGUUUUGAUCAUAUUCGAAACGAUAACUGUCCUAAUGACAGUAGACGCAUCAUGCCGUUUGUUGCUUCUGUUCCUUUCUGGUUCCUGGCAGGAAAGUAUGCCUUGGAGAACUCUUCGAUAGUUUGUCGUGUGCCGUUUUAGAUAUUUUUUAGUAGAUAUCCUUUAUCUUUGAAAGGUAGGACAUGUGGUAAUUGAUUUCCCAUGCGUGGUUGCUUCUUGGUUCAGAUAGAACUUUGAUCAGAUCGAAAGCAUUUUAUAUUUGCUCCGGUAUAUUUCUUUAAAUACAUGUUCUUUUCAAGGUUCUCAUUUCCAUAGUUUUUUGUGAGAUGAGUAGAAGCGUCGUAGCUGAAAUGUCAUUUUGACUAUGAUCUAUUUACUGCUGUAACUAUUUAUUUCACGCUGGGUCUGGCCCAGGUUUAUAAUAUUUCAGAUCAUUGUGUUGUGGCGAUACUAGAAUUAUUAACGAGCGAUUGUUAGAGAUUUCUGAAUCAGUCAAGGAUGUGUCUGUGUAAUUGAUUCACCACCUUUUGUCAGCGCUGGUUAAAUUGAAAUAAAUAAGUCUGAGCGCGAUGUCAUUAAGCUAUGUUGCUUUCCUUUCGCUGUAGCGAUUAUUUUGUCCAGGUUUUGUUUAUGUCACGUACUACCGUAUUUUAUAAAGCGAAACCAAAGGCCCACAUCACAUACAUAGCUUAAGAAGCAGUUGCUUCAUAAAGAAGUCAGCAUUCAACGUCGCAGGAAACCUUGUUAUGGUCGUGAAAUUCACGUUCCAAAGCGUAUUUGGUAAUUCUCUCCAAAAUCCAAGACACUUCAGCGCGCGAGGUCGCGAGGAGUCACUCGAGCUGUAUUCUAUCCUUUGAUCUGAUUGGCCUACAUCAAAACAAAAGGUUUUACGUCACGGAAAUCGUUUUGUCGCUCGGGUUCGCAGACGCUAUUUUUCGGAGGGAGAGAAGCGACGACCGGAAAUGCGUCUGCGCUUCGCAGGCUAACUAGUCACUAAAGAACCAGGAUUUCGUCAACAGUGACAAUAGUUCUUUGGAAGAAUAAUGUUUAAUUAAGUGUAAUUUAUCCAGUAGUAAAAAUAUUUAACACCUACUUUCUUAAAAAAGGCAACUGACUUUUGAAGAAGAUGGCCAACAAGACGUGGUUGCCAUGGUUACGUCAAUGUAGACGUAUUCGUCACGUCCACUUUUUAAAAUAAUUUCUAGGAGAAGUCACUAAGUUUAGUCGUCAUAGCUUGAACGGUUUUGAAGUUAUUCAUCUUCAAAUCCCCCCCCCCCGGUCAGAAUAGCACAUAGAAGGCCAUAGCUACCCACUAUAUCAUGAGUAUCAACUUAGUGAUACAUGACCUCCAACACAGUUUUGUGUUUGAAUUGUAAUUAUAUACAAUCAAACUCUUUCAACGUAGACCAGUGCGUUUUUACUUGUAGUAGAGCAAAUUCAUUCAUCUUUUUUUUUUAUUUUUAGACAUCGACGAAUGUUCUACCAACUCUCAUAGCUGUGACGUAAAUGCGGUGUGCGGCAAUAUUCUGGGUUCUCACACAUGCGCUUGCAAACCAGGAUACUCGGGUAAUGGAAGAACAUGCUCUGGUAAGUUGAAUAGUGUUAUUUAAAAACAAAGUGUUUAUGCUAAAUUUGUCUUUAGCAGUAUAUGAAGCAACUACCCCACGCAAAAAAAACACAAAAUCUGAUGACACUAUUGUGUGUAACCCAGUUAAACGGGCAACUAUGGGUUUUCAUAAAAAAAUACAUCAUGAUCAAACUAAAAACUAAUCUACACCAGAUGAAUUUCUAAAAAUAUGUCUAUUCGAUAAAGUUGUAAAUAUAGUUUCUUUUAUGUGAAGACAUAACUUUUCUUAUUGUAACGUAUUUAUUUCACAGUUUUGCGUUUGAAUUAUACAAUCAAACUCUUUCAACGUAGACCGGUGCCUUUUUUACUUGUAGUAGAGUAAAUUCAUUCAUCGUUUUUUUUGUUUGUUUGUUUUUAAUCAGACAUCGACGAAUGUUCUACCAACUCUCAUAGCUGUGAUGUAAAUGCGGUGUGCGGCAAUACCCUGGGUUCUUACACAUGCGCUUGCAAACCAGGAUACUCGGGUAACGGAAGAACAUGCUCUGGUAAGUUGAAUAGUGUAAUUUAAAAACAAAGUGUUUAUGCUAAAUUUGUCUUUAGCAGUAUUUGAAGCAAUUACCGCACGCAAAAACUCACAAAAACUGAUGACACUAUUGUGAGUAACCCAGUUAAACAGGCAACGAUGGGUGUUCAGAAAAAAUACAUCAAGUAAAAUACACCAGAUGAAUUUCUAAAAAUAUAUCUAUUCGAUAAAGUUGUAAAUAUAUUUUCUUUUAUGUGAAGACAUAAGUUUUUUUCUUGUAACGUAUUUAAUCGUGUUACUCCAAAAUUCGAGUGUAAGCAUAAUAAAGAUUAUGUAAGUAUGUAUGUAUGUGUGUAUGUAUGUAUGCAAACUAAUUGCUUUUAAUUUCUUAUAAUUGUAACACCAUGUUUGUAUGUAGAUAUCGACGAAUCCUCUACCAGUUCUUACAGCUGUGACGUUAAUGCGGUGUGUAGUAAUACUGUGGGAUGUUACGCACGCGCAUGUAAAGCAGGAUUCACAGGCGAUGAAAACACCUUCACUGCUGAGCCGUUUAAUUGAUAUGUUUGUUUUUUGAGUAAACCGGCAACAACACAGCAAUACAACUUUCUUUAUUUGUACUCUUCUUGCCCUUCCAAUAAUGUUUUGGCUAGAUGGGGAAAAAAAAAAAUUACAGUAGAAAUGACCGCUUGGAGUAAACGAACAGACAAGCGAUGUCAGGCAGUCAGAUUAUGAAAGCAAUAAAGUACAGGCGCCGGUUGUACAAACGCUGGAUAGCGCUAUCUAACAGAUAAAUCACUAUUCAGUAGGUGAGUAUGAGGUAAGCAAUUGCGCUAUCCACUGGAUAGAGAUUUAUCGACUGGAUAGGGUUAUCCAUCUUUUGAACAACUGGGGCCAUGUUGGCAAGAUGCGCAAAGUCGUAAGAUAUGCGUAAGUGCGACAUUUUUUUUGUCCAAUAAGUGCAACAAUAUAGAUUAUUCAAACCUGCGAUCAUUUUUCCUUUUAUCAAGCUUAAAAGAAUUAUUCCGUUUAACUUGUUUCCCCUUUGCAACGAAAACGGUUACAAAGGUUAUGAUUACGCUUACUUGUAUUGUUCCUUUUUUGUAGACAUUGACGAGUGCAGCCGCGGUACUCACAACUGCCACAGUUCACUUGCUUCAUGUACAAACACAGUGGGAUCCUUUAGUUGUUCAUGUAACAAUCCUUACACUGGAAAUGGCAGAACUUGCAAUCUAGCAUCAGGUAAUCAACUCGCCGAAUAUUAGGAGGAUGUCCAUUCACUAGACCGCUAGUCGGAGAAAGCAAAACUUGCAUUAAUAUUCCAUACGGUAAUUAUUAUCACCAAGAAUUAGGAAGAUGUCCAUUCACUAGACCCUUAUUUACACUCGUUAGAAGUAUGUUACUCUAACCUUAUUUGUUUAAAGAGGGUUUUAGUUUAAAGCUAAUACUACCCACAUCUCUUGUCGACGAAGCCAGAAGCGAGAUCCGGCCAAUUAAUCAAACUCAAUUUCUUUUUUAUUAGCCACUCAAACUGCCUAACAAGUAUAUGUAUUGCGGGAAUGACAUGAGUAUUGUCAUCAGCGCGCGCUAUUGUGUCUGCAAUUCAUUCGUCACAAAAUCUUUUUCUGGUCGUUUCCCCUUUCGCUUGCCUCAUUAAUUACGACGAACGAAUACAUGUGUCGAUCAUGACCAGCUUUGAAGAACAAGAUAAUGGAAAAGUUUCCUUUUUUAAGAUUUCUAAUGAUUAUAAGCGAAUACUUGUAUCGCAACUAGUGACUUCCACUUGUAGCGAUCGGAUCGUCCAUAAGUCCGAUUAGAUUGUGAUUGAACUCGUCUCGUAGCUAUGAGACUAAACCAGCCUUUUAAUUACUAUGAGUUUCUCACAUUUCUGGAUUUUUUUGUCUCCCGCAACCUCUUAUAUUAAGCGGCAAUAUUCCAAGCUAGCGGUUUGGCGAUUAAAAACGGACCUCUUCUUAUAGACAUCACUGCAAUAAUGCACUGCAUAAUGGUAGUCAGUUCUUGGUGUUGCAGAGAAGAACACUAAUCAAUACCCACAACACAAAACCAAAGUGUCGGUUUCCGCAACACCAAGAAACACCCAAGAUAAGAUAUAUACAGUUCAGUACUCCAUAAAAAAAAGUGGACGAGUACGAUUUUUAGUCGUCCUUCAUGAGAACUGGUCUUUAAACUGUGUACUUGAGGUUGUACAAUAUAUUUGCAUAAUUAUAUCUGACCAACCUUUGUUGUUUUGGUUGCUUUUUUGUUCCGAUUUUAUUGUUAUUUUUUAUCAUUUUUUUAUUUAGCAAUCCUAUUGAAAUGAAAUAUUAUGUAAUUUAUAGUCAUAGGUUAUCAGCCGACCCCAUAAAAUGGCUUUUCAGCCAACUUCACAAUUACAAUUUGAUAAAGCAUAAUUAUCUACUUUACAAUAUGUGAAAUUUAUCGCAGGAAAAGACUUGAACAGAAAUUUUUUGGUGUUGAACGCUCAAUGAAACUAAAUGACAUUGACGAGCAAAAUUAAUCUCUGGCGCUCUAAUUGAGUACUGGAGUACUGCGUAUCAGGCGCUUGAGAAAUAUGGUUUCUAUGGUGGCCAGCGAAACAAAGGAGAGAGAACGCGCAAGCAAGCGGCAAAGCAGCCUUUCUAUCUCGCCUCAGCCUAUGAAAGCAGUCGUUUCUUCUCGCGCUCCUCACCGCUCGGGACAAGCGUUGUAAAACAUUUUAACCGCAUAGUUAUCCAAUGCUUCCCAGCUUCUUCAAGUUUUUAGCGGAGCUCUCGCGCGCGAAGCGCGCAGCGGAGCACCAUGGGUAAGAAAAUGUGGUAAACUACCCAUCCAAGAAAAUUUGGUAAUCACGUGACCGUACACCGAGCGAGCGAGCGAGCGAGCGACCGGCCGUCCGCACCACAGGCAUACCAAUGUAAAAUAAUUCAAUCAACAGGUAUGGCAACCCAAAUGCGACUCAAAGGUUUUAUUUAGAAGAAAAAACAACAACAAAUUNCCCCAUAAAAUGGCUUUUCAGCAAACUUCACAAUUACAAAUUGAUAAAGCAUAAUUAUCUACUUUACAAUAUGAGAAAUUUAUUGCAGGAAAAGACUUGAACAUAAAUUUUUUGGUGUUGAACGCUCAAUGAAACUAAAUGACAUUGACGAGCAAAAUUAAUCUCUGGCGCUCUAAUUGAGUACUGGAGUACUGCGUAUCAGGCGCUUGAGAAAUAUGGUUUCUAUGGUGGCCAGCUAAACAAACGAGAGAAAACGCGCAAGCAAGCGGCAAAGCAGCCUUUCUAUCUCGCCUCAGCCUAUGAAAGUAGUCGUUUCUUCUCGCGCUCCUCACCGCUCGGGACAAGCGUUGUAAAACAUUUUAACCGCAUAGUUAUCCAAUGCUUCCCAGCUUCUUCAAGUUUUUAUCAUUUUAACUAUUGUCUUUUUUAAUGUCAGAAUGUCAAAAUUACGGGAGUCUGAACAAUGCUGACAGGAAUAUAAUUUAUGGAAUGCCCAACCGUCAGUGUGACAGAGGUAUCGGCCCUGGUUGGUUUCGUUUUGAAGGGUCCGCCGGCACAAGAAUGCCAACUUCAUGUCCACCUACCAACAGGUGUGACACUGAUGCAACCGGCUGGUUGAAUGGUGGACACCCUACAGUAGCAGACGGUCAGGUCAACAGGACGGUGUGUUUUCAUUGGAAUAGUAACUGCUGUCGAUGGUCAACAAACAUCAAAGUGAGAAAUUGUGGUUCAUAUUAUGUGUACUAUCUUAGUGGUACACCUGGUGGUUGUUCUCUCCGUUAUUGUGGCACUAACUAA